GAGGAUAUCUUCACGACAAUCGGAAAGCCUAUCACGGAUGCAUGUUUGGAAGGUUACCACUGCUGCCUUCUUGCGUAUGGGCAAACUGGCGCCGGCAAGACCUUUACGAUGGAGGGACCGGAUUGUGACAUCGAAGGGGAAGGAUCCCACCGAAGCGUGGACAAACGCGGCCUUAUUCCACGGAUUCUCCAGUACAUCUUCCAGAGACUGUCAGCUGACAAGGAGCUGCAGAUGCUAGAGUUCACCAUCCGCUGCUCCUACCUGCAGAUUUACAAUGAGCAGGUGUCAGACCUCCUCGAGCCAGAUUCGGUGAACCUGAAUGUGAGGGAGGACAUGCGGCACGGGAUGUUUGUGGAGGGCCUGCAGGAGGUGGUGGUGUCCACGGCCGACGCCACCUAUGCGCUGUUCAAGCGUGGCUCGCAGAACCGUCGCGUGGGCCAGACCGCCAUGAACAUGGAGAGCAGCCGCUCUCACAGCGUGUUCACUAUUGUGGUGGAAACUCAGCGGAGGGACGACGCAGGGGUGAUGAAGAGGGGGACCUCACGGUUCAAUCUGGUAGACCUAGCAGGGUCGGAGAGGCAGAAGCACAGUGAGGCGCAGGGGGUGCGGCUGAAGGAGGCCGGGAGCAUCAACAAGUCCCUUUCUGCACUAGGAAACGUCAUCAAGGCAUUGGUUGACAUCGCAGAGGGGAAGGUUCGCCACGUCCCCUAUCGAGACUCCAAGCUCACAUUUCUUCUAAGUGACUCCCUGGGUGGCAACUCCAAGUGCACCCUGCUGGCGGCGGUGAGUCCUGCGGAGCGCAACGUGGAUGAAACGAUGUCGACGCUCAAGUUUGCGCAGCGGGCGAAGCUGAUGCACAACGAGGCUGUAGUGAACGAGCUGAUGAUGGGCAACCCCGCCGUCAUGGGCGAGGAGAUCCGACGCCUGCGCCUCGAGAUCGCCGAGCUUAGAGCCAAUGCGACAGCAGGAGUGCCUGGGCAGCCGCUGCUCCCACCCAGCCCUUCUCCUGGGCCCAUGUCAGACAACGAGCGCAUCUGCCGCCUGGAGCAGAUAAUCUCACAAUCCACCAAGCGGGCUCUGGAGGCGGAGAGGCAGGCGGGGCAGGAGGUGGCGAGGCAGAGCAAGAGAGCCGAGGCCGCUGAGGCCCUGGCGGAAGGGCUCGUGAGGAGCGUGCAGGGGUUGAAGAUGGUGGUGAAGCUGCGGGACGGGAGGAUCAAGCGGGUGGAGGCGCAGGGGAGGUGCGAUGGGCAGUGUGCACGGGGGGAGGACGCGGCAGCAGUGGAGGAGCUGUCGCAGGAGGUGGAGGUGCUGAGGCGCAUGGUGGAGAGAAACCCCGACGCCAUCCGCUUCCAGCUCGAAGUUGACCGAGCUGGAGGAGCAGCUGCAGACGGGCACGAGCAAGGGGGACAAGGUGGCCGCACUGGAGUGGCUGAAACGCACCGUUGCUGCAACACACUCACUCCUGCCAAUGAAAUUCCUCCCUCUCCCAAUGCAGCGAGGAUCAGCGAGCUGGAAGAGCAGCUGCAGACGGGAACGAGCGAGGGGGACAAGGUGGCCGCCCUGGAGCGCCUGAACAACGCCCUGAGGGAGGAGCUCAAGGAGGCGUUCGAUGAGAACGAGGCAUUGCGGGGCAAGGAGGAGGAGGGGCGGCGGGAGAGGGAGGAGCUCCGAGCCAAGCUCGUUGGCAUGGAGGAGCAUGUGAAGAAGGUGGCAGCGGUGGCGGAGCAGUACCGCAUGGAGGUGAACAACACACGGCAGCUUCAGCGCAGCGUCAACGACCGCAAGCACGAGUUUGAUGAUGCGCGCGUGCGGUGUGGAGUGGCGGAGGCGAAGGUGGGCAAGCUGCUGCAGCAGCUGGCGGCCACCCAGCAGGCGGAGUCAGUGCUUAAGGUGGAGGCCGCGGAGCACCACGCUCAGAGCGCCGCCCUCGCUCGGGAUCUGCAGACGUGCCGGGCCGAGCUGGCAAGGAACGUGGCUGAGGGCGAGAGGAGUGCAGCUGACGCAGCACAGCUGCGGGCUGAUCUGGAAGCGGUGCGGAAGCAGGUGGAGGGGUUGGUGAAGGAGAAGGUGAAGGCUGAGGGACAGGCAGCAGAGGCAGCAGCCGCUGGGAAGGAGAUGUCAGAACUAGCAGAGAAGGAGAGGGCGCAUGAGGAGCAGAGGAAGGCGUUAGAAGAGGCUAUGGAGGAGAUGAGGAGAGCGCAAAAGGAGAUGGAAGAUGCUGGGAGGGAGAAGGUGCGGGAGCUCGAAGAGCAGAAGAGAGUGUUGGAGGAGGAGCUUGAGGGGAUGAGGCGAAAGCUGUUGGAGAUGGAGGAUGCUGGGAAGGAGAAGGAGGGCGCGUUAGAAGAGCAGAAGAGCGCGCUGGAAGAGGAGCUUGAGGGGAUUAAGAGAAAGCAGCAGGAGAUGGAAGAUGCUGUGAGGGAGAAUGUGAAGGAGCUCGAGGAGCAGAAGAGAAUGUUGGAGGAGGAGUUGGAGGGGAUGAAGGGUAUGCAGGUGGAGCUGGAGGAGAAGGUGCAAGCGCUGGAGAAAGAGCGAGAUCUGCUGUGGGCUGCAGCAGAGAAGAGCGGGGCGGACGGUGAUGCUGACGGCGCUGAUGGUGCUGGUGGUUCAGAUGCUGCAAAGAAGCGGUCGGAGCUGGGCGAGAGGAUAGCGAAGCUGGAGGAGGAGCUGAAGACGGAGAGGGGGCGGGUGAUUGACCUAGCAGAGAAGGUGGGCGACAGGGACGGGCUGCUGGAGGCGGCUUGCGAGAGGCAGAGGCGAGCAGAGGAGGCAGCGGAGAGGGCAAGAAGGGAGGCGGAGGAGUUUGCUGCUGGGGGGCACAAGCUGCAGCAGGUGAACCUGGCGCUGGAGGAGCAGCUGUGCUCGGCGCUGGAGAGCCUGCAAGAGGCGAAGGAACGGGUGGAGCGACUGGAGCAGGAGAGAGUGGGUUUGCUGGAGGAGGCUAUAAUGCUGGAGAAGGAAACGGAAGAGGAGCAGCAGCAGAAGGAGCAGGAGGAGGAGGAGCAAAAGCAGCAGGAGCAGGAGGAGAGACAUUCGGGAGGAGGUAGCGGAAGCAAGAGGAGGUGGCAAGAGACUGUGAAGGGUGAUGAGGAAGCAGUGGAGGCAGGUGGGGAGGAGGGCGUUCUCAGCCCGAUGACUCUGUGCCUCACAGAGCUCCGUGACGUGACCAACAGGGCAAGCCCUUCGCGAGUAGCAGACAAAGGCAGCAGUGCAGCAGAUGCAGCGGGGAAGGAUGCUGAUGCACGCGGAGGAGCCACUGGUUCUGGCCCCAGCCGAAUUCGCCUCGGCACAGCAGCAGACAUGCCCACGCUACCUGCCUCUGCUUCUGCCAAUGCGUUUCUCGCCAACAGGUGGACUCUGCCCUUUGCUGGAGAUAACGUUUCUGCCAGCGCAGACUCUGACAGCGACCUGCUCAGAUAUGCAGUCACUGGGGCGGCCGGAGGGCUGGCAGGGGGUGAAGUUACCACACAUGGAGCACUGGGACGACGGCUGGAGAAGAAGAAGAGGCGGAGGAGCGCACCAGUGAGCCAAGCAGAGGCGCAGGCGGAGAAGCUGAGGCUGAUGGAGGUGCAGGUGCGGCACAUGGUGAAGCAGCUCGCUGCGGCCCACGCCCAGGUGAAGAGCCUGUCCGGUAGGAUGCAGAAGGCGGGUCCCCUGAUGGUGCGGAUGCGGGACGUGGUGCAGCAGCUGCGGGCGAAAGGGCAGGCACUGGAGCUGGCGCUGCUGCAUACGCUGGAGAGGGAAGCGGAGCGGGAGCAGGCAGAGGAGGAUGAGAAGGAGGAGGUUGGGCUGAUGUAUUUGGGGCUGGAGGAGCAGAGGGAUAGGUUGAGGGAAGAGAGGGAUGCGUAUUUAAAGCAGCUGAUGGUGGUCGGGCCGAGGAACGCGGUGCUUUGUGAGGAGUUCAGUGCGGUGAAGGCGAGGCUGGAAGCGGCCAGGGAGGAGAUGGGUCAGAUGGGAGAGGAGCGGGCUAGGCUGCGGAGCAAGUUGGCUAGGCUGAGUCGAAAGCUGGAGCAGCAGGUAACAGGGAGAACAGCAGCGGGUGGAGGCCUUGAGAGUAAAGUUAGGGUAGAGCAUGCAGUUGAUGGGGAGAAAGGCGAGGGUGGAGUUAAGACGGAGAGCAGAGCUGAGGUGGAGGUCGCUGCUGAUGUGGAGGAUGUGGAUGAGGAGCUCAAGGCUGACGUGGAUGAAGCGCUGGCCGUUGUGAGGGAGCACGUGGGCGAGGUGGAGAGCAGGAACAGGCAGCUGGCGGAGCAGGUCAAGGCACUGGAGCAGCAGUGCGAGAGGCUGCAGGCUGAAGCUGAGGGGGUGGGCAGCAGGAAGACGAGGGCGGUGAGGGCCGUGGUGAAGAGCGAGAAGGAGGAGAGACAGGAAGGUGGUUUGGAACAGCAGGGCGCAGGGAAGCGGGUGGAUGGGCAGCAGGAGCGUGAGAAGAAGGGAGAUGGGCACAAGAGGGAGGAGCAUCAGGGGCAGGCGCACGAGCAGGAGCAACAGCGGCUGGUUGGGCAAGUGGAGGAGCUGUUGGCGCGUCUGGCUGCAGCUGAGGAGCAGACGAAGGGCACCAUGGGCCGCGCUGCUCUGGCGGAGCAACGGUGCAGCGAGAUGCAUGCUCGUGUUGCUGCUGUGGUGGCCCGGGAGAGAGCGCUGCAGAAGCUGCUGGUGAGCCCGCUGCUGAGGGAUGCUGGGGCUGGGGAUGGUGGGGUUGGGGGCUCUGGGGUUGUGGGCAGAGGGAUGAUGGGAGCAGUGAGUGGGGACGAGAUCGUGGAGGGAUGGAAGGCGAGGUGGCGGCAGCUGGAGCAGGAGCAGGGAGAGCUGGACUUACACCUGAACCAGAACAGGGUAGGGGACCAGGAAGGCAAGGACGGACAGGAGCAUGCGGAGCAGGAAUGUGGGCAGGGAGGGGUGGAAUGCGGUGCAGAGGCUGGUAACAUGGGUGCGGAUGUGGGGCAGGAGCAGAGGCGCAUGCAGGUGGAGGAGGUGCGGGGGGUGUUGGCUCAGGUGGUGCUGGUGGAGAGCCUACUGGCCGUGGUGCUGUGCCGGGCUGGGCUUGCUGGCCUCUCCUCCCGCAUGGAAACCAAGCUGCUGGGAUCAAAUCUGGGGUCAGGAGAGAUGGUGGGGGCAGGAGGGAUAGAAGGGGAAGGUGGUUCGCUUGGUGAGGGAGGCUCAGGUGCUGGCGCUGGCGAGGGAGAGGGCGAGCCCGGGGGGGUGGAUGGAAAGGAAAAUGCAGGAGUGAGCGGGUCAGAGGAGGAGGAACGGACAGGGCAAGGGAGAGCAGAACAAGGAGUGGGAACAGAGCAAGUGGAGGAGGUGCUGAACGCGCUGCAGAGGCAAAGGGUGCUGCUUCUUGGUUUCUUGGGAGUGAAGGCAGAGAAAAGCAGCAAGCCAGAGCAGAAUGAGCAAGAGAGGAAUCUGGCGAACGAGGAGGUGGAGCGAGCUAUAGCGAGUCCCAGUGAUGGUAAGGCCCUUCCUUUUCCAGCUUUAGUGUCCAAGCAGGUCAGGAUCGCACAGCAGCUGGUGCGAGCAGGAUUCGAUGCCCUCAUGGCAAACGACGACACCUGCUGGCUGCGCGGGUCCGUUCUGAGAGGCGUGUACGCCCUAAGGAAGCUGGUGGAGGAGGUGGAGGGCAAGGUGGGCGCGUGGGAGGCGCAGUGGGGCGAGCUAGAGCAGUCUUUCCAGCAGCAGAACCGGGAGUUCCUGGAGGUGGGGCGAGCGCUGCAGCGCGUGCAGGGGGAGAAGCGGGCAGUGGAGGGGGCAGUGAGAGAGAGGGCGGAGGAGGAGGCGGGGCGGCGGGAGGUGGUUGAGAGGACGGUGCGUGUGGCAGCUGAGGCAGUGGAGGUGGAGAAGGAACUCGAGGAGAAGCAACAGCAGGUGGCGGUGGCUGCAGUGGGGAAUGCUGCUGCGUGCUCUGGGCAAGGAAGCGAGCUGAGCAGCCGCUUGGAGAAGGAGGUGGAGUGGCUGCAGCAGGUGAAGGACGCGAAGGAGAGGGAGGUGGUGGGGCUGAUGAAGCGCGUGACGGAGAUGGAGCUGCAGGGGAGAGCGCAGUGGGAGCAGGCGGUGCGGCGGCAGGAGGCUGCUGCGAAGCAGGUGGAGGGGCUCUUGGAGCAGCUGAGGGCGGCGCAGCAGCAGCUGGGUGGGAAGAGUGGCGAGGUGGAGAAGCUGGUGUGGAUGGUGGAGCAGCUUCAAGAGGAGGUCAAGGCCAAGGACGAUCAGAUCACCUCUCUGCACGUGCAACUUGCAGCAGCAACCAAGGCAGUGGCUCUCAACUCCCCUCUCAGACCCCGUCAACCAGCAACAGCAGCAGCAGACAGAGGCGAAUCAGCCCCUGCAAGUGACCCCAGGCAGCAAAGGCCCUCGGAUUCAGCUCAAGGGUCACGGCGGGUGCGGCAGCGGCUGGGCGGCGUGCUAUCCGCCAUCCACAGCAUGGGAGCUAUUCGGGAUGGCACUCGCAGUCCGUUUGGGUUCAGGGGCGUGGGGGCUGGCAAUGAGGGUGCAGCAGCAGCAGCUGCUUCUGGUGGUGCUGUGCAUGCUUCCACGACUGCUGGGUGCAGUGGGCGCGGUACUGCUGCUUCUGUGAGCUGUGGGACCGGAGGAGGGGAGGGUGAGGAGUUUUACACGCCCAUGACCAAUUUGCCCUUCAUCCCGGAGAGUGCGGGGUACAGUGGAGGCGGGGUUGAUGCGAGUGGAGGGGGGCUGGAUGGUGGUGCUGGUGGGAGUGUGAAGGGGAGCAGGGGGAAGGGGUCUGGAUGGGGUGUGGGGCACGGAGGGGUUGGUGGUGGAAGUGCGAAGAUGCGAGGCUGGGGGAGUGGCGUGGGCAAGUGCGUUGGGAGUGAUGAGAACGCGCCGUUGAUUCCUUACGGCCCACAAUCAGGUGAUGGGGGCGUGGCAUCUGCACCCUUGCACACUCCACCUGUUGCUGGGAGUGCAAGCAAGGCCACUUUCUGGGGAGGGAACACCAAGGAGCAACCGUCGUGGUCCAGUCCUUAG